UUUUUUUUAUCAUAUUAUCCUUUUUUCCUACUUUAUUAAUAUUAAUCAUAUUUAAUUAGAAGUUGAAUAAGCUAAAAUAAAAUAUAAAAUAAAAGUAAAGUAAGAGAGAAUGAAUAAAAAUUAAAGGAAACUUUUUACGAACGGGCUUCUGAACAACAAUAGCUAUCUUGGUUCAUAUAACAUAGGAUUCACCCCCAUUGCGUAUUGGUACUUAUCGGAUAUAGAAUAGAUCCGCUUCCCUUUUUUCCUAUGAAUCGAAUUGUUCCAUUAUUACUAACAGAAUAGAACAAAUAUUAAUCCUUUCUCCGAAAUAAUUACCUAAAAAGGGGGGGUCCGUAACAUAGUUUUUUCCAAUGCAAUAAAGUUACAUAGUGUCUAUUUUUCAUUGAUAAAGGGGUAUUUCCAUGGGUUUGCCUUGGUAUCGUGUUCAUACUGUUGUAUUGAAUGAUCCCGGUCGUUUGCUUUCGGUUCAUAUAAUGCAUACUGCUCUGGUUGCUGGUUGGGCCGGUUCCAUGGCUCUAUAUGAAUUAGCUGUUUUUGAUCCCUCCGACCCUGUUCUUGAUCCAAUGUGGAGACAAGGUAUGUUCGUUAUACCUUUCAUGACUCGUUUAGGAAUAACCAAUUCAUGGGGCGGUUGGAAUAUUACAGGAGGGACUAUAACGAAUCCGGGUCUUUGGAGUUACGAAGGGGUAGCCGCAGCACAUAUCGUGUUUUCUGGCUUGUGCUUCUUGGCAGCUAUUUGGCAUUGGGUAUAUUGGGAUCUAGAAAUUUUUUGUGAUGAACGUACAGGAAAACCUUCUUUGGAUUUGCCCAAGAUUUUUGGAAUUCAUUUAUUUCUUUCAGGAGUGGCUUGCUUUGGUUUUGGCGCAUUUCAUGUAACAGGAUUAUAUGGUCCUGGAAUAUGGGUAUCCGACCCUUAUGGACUAACCGGAAAGGUCCAACCCGUAAAUCCGGCGUGGGGCGUGGAGGGUUUUGACCCUUUUGUUCCGGGAGGAAUAGCCUCUCAUCAUAUUGCAGCAGGGACGUUGGGUAUAUUAGCGGGCUUAUUCCAUCUUAGUGUUCGUCCGCCUCAACGUCUAUACAAAGGAUUACGUAUGGGAAAUAUUGAAACCGUCCUUUCCAGUAGUAUUGCUGCUGUCUUUUUUGCAGCUUUUAUUGUUGCUGGAACUAUGUGGUAUGGUUCUGCAACUACUCCCAUCGAAUUAUUUGGUCCUACUCGUUAUCAAUGGGAUCAGGGAUACUUUCAACAAGAAAUAUAUCGAAGAGUUAGUGCCGGACUAGCUGAAAAUCAAAGUGUAUCAGAAGCUUGGUCUAAAAUUCCUGAAAAAUUAGCUUUUUAUGAUUAUAUUGGUAAUAAUCCAGCAAAAGGGGGAUUAUUCCGAGCGGGUUCAAUGGACAAUGGGGAUGGAAUAGCUGUUGGAUGGUUAGGACACCCCGUCUUUAGAAAUAAAGAAGGGCGUGAACUUUUUGUACGCCGUAUGCCUACUUUUUUUGAAACAUUUCCGGUUGUUUUGGUAGACGGAGACGGAAUUGUUAGAGCCGACGUCCCGUUUAGAAGGGCAGAAUCUAAAUAUAGUGUCGAACAAGUAGGUGUAACUGUUGAGUUUUAUGGUGGUGAACUCAAUGGAGUAAGUUAUAGUGAUCCCGCAACUGUGAAAAAAUAUGCUAGACGGGCUCAAUUGGGUGAGAUUUUUGAAUUAGAUCGUGCUACUUUGAAAUCCGAUGGUGUUUUUCGUAGCAGUCCAAGAGGUUGGUUUACUUUUGGGCAUGCUUCGUUUGCUCUACUUUUCUUCUUUGGACACAUUUGGCAUGGUUCUAGAACCCUCUUCAGAGAUGUUUUUGCUGGUAUUGAUCCAGAUUUGGAUGCUCAGGUGGAAUUUGGGGCAUUCCAAAAACUUGGAGAUCCAACUACAAAAAGACAAGCAGUCUGAUGCAACAUUGCUUUUUUCUUUUAGUUUCUGUUUGCGAUUUUUUUGAUUUCAUUUAAUAGGUAGGGUACUGUAGGAAUCUUGAUUUAAAUCGCUGCCGUUUCUUUGACUCUUUUUUGUUCUUUAUCCGGAGGUAUACUCCUUCAGUAAACAUAAACAAAACAGGUAUGAAAGCUAUAAUUGUAAACCACGAUCAAAUUUAUGGAAGCAUUGGUUUAUACAUUUCUCUUAGUAUCGACUUUAGGGAUCAUUUUUUCGCUAUUUUUUUUCGGGAACCGCCUACAAUUUCAACUAAAAAAUGAAAUAAUUUUUCAUUCUCUUCAUUGACGUAAUCAGCCUCCAACUAUUUGGAGGCUGAUUACGUCAACUAGUCCCCGUGUUCCUCGAAUGGAUCUCUUAGUUGUUGAGAGGGUUGCCCAAAGGCAGUAUAUAGAGCAUACCCAGUAAAACUUACAAGUAACCCAGAUAUAAAGAUGGCGACUAGAGUUGCUGUUUCCAUUAUUAUAUAAUUGAAAGACCACAAUGGAUCUAUGCUAAGAUCGUUUAUUUACAACGGAAUGGUAUACAAAGUCAACAGAUCGUAAUGAAUACAAAAUAAGAUUUAUGGCUACACAAACUGUUGAAGAUAGUUCUAGAUCUGGUCCAAGAAGCACUACUGUAGGGAAGUUAUUGAAACCGUUGAAUUCUGAAUAUGGUAAAGUAGCUCCUGGAUGGGGAACGACCCCUUUGAUGGGUGUUGCAAUGGCACUAUUUGCGGUAUUCCUAUCUAUUAUUUUGGAGAUUUAUAAUUCCUCUGUUCUACUGGAUGGAAUUUCAAUGAAUUAGACUGAGAAGAAUCUUGAAGUGCUAGCUUUUUGUUCGAUACAAAAAAGUAAAGUAUGUAGGUCUAAAAUUUUGCACCUAUUCUCCUUUGGUAGUUCGACCGCGAAAUUUUUUUCUGCAUUGUAUAUUUCCGGAAUAUGAGUGUGUGACUUGUUAGAAUUGACCCUAUGGAUAGUACAGAGAAGGGGGUCUGUCAUCUUUAUCAAGAUGGUUUUAUUUCGUCGGAUAUUCAUUCGAGUAUCUGGAGCACGAAAUAGAUCAAAUAGAUCACAAAGUUUUCGAACUAUGAUUCAUACUUAAUACUUAGACCUCGUAGCCGGACUUCUUUCCGUUCUAUCUUAUAAAUUUUCAUAAAUCAAUUUUUUUCUGCUUUUAAACUCUUAUUUAGAUCAAAGGACAAACGCUUCUUUGUAUUUUAUGUUUUUAAUCAUUAUAGCUCUUUUUUUUUUUAUUGAAUAAGUGAUGAUCCAAUGGUUCUCACUCAGUGAACUUUGGACUUUGAAGGUUUCAUUGAAUUAUCGUGGUUUUCGUAUGAAUCUGAGGUUUCAAUUAAUAAGUAGGGUCUUAACAAGAAAAUUCCUAUCAAUAAUAAAGAAAACAAGAAGAAAUCCGUAUUCCCAUUCCAUACAAAUACCAA